AUGGCUUCAGAUGUUCACGAUUCUGAUGGCUGGCUUUCGCUGAAGAAGAUCUACUGUCGCAAGGGCUGGACAGUGCCUACAGCACCUGAGGCCUCGGUGAUGGUGAAGGCUUCUCACCACCAGAUUAGCUACGACUGGCUGAUGCAUGAUGCCAACACAGCUGAAAGUGAGAAGGUGGCUGAGCUUGAGUUGCCGCUCAACACUCCCAUUGAUGAGUACGAGGUUGCACUCACCACGGCUCUGCAUCUUCUUCUGGUCAGCUCCCUGCUGGCCACACCUGCACCUGAGACCGGGUCAGAGGUCAAGGAGUUGCCUGACAAGAUCAUCGUAAAGCAGGAGAAGGACACCGCCGAUCCUUCAUGUCACAACUUGGCUAUUCCUCCGCUGCCGUGUGGUCAUUCCGACUGGCCUUCCAAGCAUCCUCGCUUCAAUGAUUCUGACCCCAACAAUAUCAUGAUGCAGCACUUCCACGCCAGCACGAUCGUCGUUUCGUCGACCAAGGUCCUCAAGCUGCGCUCCUCGAAAGGCAAAGCUCAUGUGAAGGGCUCCUCAAAGUCUGCGAUCAUGAAGUCAGAGCUGACUCAUGCUUCAUCAGCCACCAUCGAGCCUUCCUUGGCCAGUACGCAACUCGAGCGUAUAAUCGAGCUCUCACAGCAGCUUCUCAAGGAGAAUCGCGCUUUGAGGGCUCACAAGUCAUGA